AUGCCUGCUGUGUGGUGCUCCUUGCAUGAUGUGUUGUGGUGUAAUUUUGUAAAAUAUCCAAAUGUGUGCCUACCAAGUUCCACCACUGCGACCUGAAGGAGGUCCACGUGGCAAGGAGCCGCAGUCGUGGCUCGAGGAUUAUUUGGAAGGAAAGGACGAGAUUCUGCUAUACAUAACUGCCGCUUUGGGAGUUCUGAUGCCGGGAUUUGUCUAUCUGCUCUAUCGCAAGUGCCAUGCAUAUUAUGAACGUUAUUCAAAGAAAAAAGAAGAAGAACGACUUGCCGAGGAACUUGCCGAAUCAGAAGCCGUCGUAAUAGUUCUAGGAAAAGAAGACGGGCUCGCAGCUCCGUGGGCCAAGGUGAUUCACGACAAGCUUUGUGAUGAAAUGGUCCGAAAACCGAUGAUUUGGUGGUCAGACUCUUUGGAUGUGAAGGAGUUAAUGGCCUUCAAGGGAUUUUGUAUUUUUAUCUCUGAAACUACGGCUGGUGGUCAGCCGACACCCUCGACAGAAUGGUUUUUGGAAUGGCUUGAGGAUCUCGCAGCGGACUCGAAGCUUAGAAAGAAGGCGAAUUUCGAGAAAAUCAGAUUUUCAAUUGUUGGCUUCGGAAGCAGUGAUGAUGGGCCAGCUGGGUUCAAUAAAGUCGCCAGAACUUUGCUGAAACGAAUGAAAAUCUUGGGAGCUAGGCAAAUUACUGAAGUCGAACUUUUCAAUACAACUGACACUGAUAAGCAAACUAUGGAGCGAUUUGUGGAAUUUUCGUUCGAACUCCUUUUGCAAAUGGAUAAGCAUCUUCCUGGAAUGAGUGGUGAAGACACCGAAGAAUCGGAAGUUGGAGACGAUAGAUCUGAGAGCUCUUCGGAUGAUAAUGAAGUCGAAGAGAAACAUAAGAAGUCGAAAUAAAAUUUGAAUAUAAAUAUUUAUAUUUUAAUAAUUGUUUAUAUAUCGAGCUUUAAUUGAAUUUUCCUGCAUUUUAAAGAUAUUUUGUAUAUUUGUAUUAUUUUUUCAACAUUUUUCAUAAAUAAAUUCGCUUUUUUUAAA